CCACCCGGCACCCGGGAACUCAGGCGAAACUCCAUCUCGACCAAUCGAGCCAAACCCAAGAAAAUGGCCAGCCAGGAUCUGCAACCGGUCUGGGGAAACAAACAAUCCUCAUCACCCCCCCCUUUGGCCAGCCCGAUCGGUGAAGAUUGAAGAUCGGGUUUGAACUGUUCUCGCGCUCUCCUUUUGAACCGCCAGCCCGCAACCUCCAGCAUCCAGCCAACACUCCACCGCCGCUCCUCUCCAUCGCCAUCAUCGUCCCGGUGCAGCGCAUAUGACGGUGGACCACCGCAAGAGGAGGCUGCCGACGCCUCUGAAGUCGCCGCCAUGAACAACACCACCGAUGCUGACAAUCCCGAGUCUUUGGCAGGCAGCAUUGUCCUUACCUGCAUCCUGGCUCCCCUGUUUGCCGUCCUUUUUGUGGCCCUCCGCUUCUUCACCGCCCGGAGAAUCCUCCGGACCAUUCACGUAGACGACUGGCUCAUUCUAGCGGCACUAGUCUUCUCGAUCAGCUACUCGAUUUGUAUCGCCAUCCUCACCAACCAUGGCUUGGGCUACCACCGCGCGUACUUGGCCGCGCAGGGACUAACCAACCUGCGCACGUUCAUGAUGCUCUCCAUCCUCUCCAUCGCUAUCACCGGUAACAUCUCAAUCCUCUUCAUCAAAACGUCCAUCCUUCGCUUCUACCUCCGCUUCUCAACCUCUCGCCGCUUCAACAUCGCCGUCUAUAUCCUAAUGUUCCUCGUCAUUGCCGCCUAUCUGACCGGCGCCUUCGGGUUCCUCUUUGGGUGCCAGCCCAUCAACUACCAAUGGGACUAUGCCACGAUGGAGGGCAAGGGGAGAUGCCUCGCCAUGGAUCCGUGGUACGGGUGGCUCGUCGCGUUCAACUGCAUAACCGACGCCGUGCUGCUGGUCCUGCCCGCCUGGAUCAUCGGGCCCUUGCGGAUCGGCUUCGCCCAGAAGGCUGCGCUUGCGGCCAUCCUCGGAACAGGUGGAUUCGUCUUCGGCGUGAGCGUCAUGCGCUUCGUCAUCGUCGCCCAGGGGUGGGGAGACACGGACUUCACCUUCAAAUUCGCGGUGAACUACAUCUGGAGCAUCAUCGAGACCAACGUCGGCAUCGUCUGCGCCUGCGCGCCCUGCCUGCGCGCCCUCGUCGGCCGCUACAUCCCGUCGCUGAUGCAUCUCGGCCGGAGGGACGAGGCCGUGGACCUCUACACCAUCCCCGUGUCCCAGGUGGCGCAGCGGUUGCCGAGCUCGCCCGCGCGCGGGCGGGAUAAAGAGACCGGGACCGACUCAACCAACUCGACGACCUCAAUGCCGGCGUCGCCGAGCUGGCGCAAUACAUUCUUUGGCCAGGGCGCCGGCUCCAGCAGUCGGCGGGAACAGGUAUAGCGGGUGCGCUGCCGUCUCUCGGUAGUUGUGGGACACCUUCAUCGUUGGCGGGUUUUGGAUCGGCACGGCGUUUGGGGACUGGAACAAGUGAGUUAUUCUUAGUUAUUGGGCCGGUUUUGCACAUCGAUUCGAGGGUACGGUCUCUGGGAUUGCUUGUGUAUCGUUUGAUGAUGCGGCGUUGGGCUACAAUUUUAAUGAAUACGCUUUAGUCUAUAAACACUGCAGCACACUUUGAGGGGGUACUUGCUUUGCCGGUAAUGCUACUCGUAUUUUAGAGACGGCGGUAAAUGUGAACAAUACUAACCCCCCUCGCGUGGCGGGUUGACCCCACGACCUUCCCUAGCCUCCAGUUUCCGUGGUCCCGGAAGCUUGUCAUCUAGGUAGCCGUGUUAUUCUGGGC